AACUUUGACAGCGGCCGGUCCCCGGAAGUUGGACGCAUGCGCCGUUUCUCUGCAUGGUGUGUGUUCUUAUCCUAGCUGCGGCUGCAGGAGCUGUGGCGGCUCUCCUAAUCCUGCGAAUAUGGGUAGUGCUUCGUUCCAGGGACUUUACGCCCCGGGAGUCUCUCAGUAUCUUGGUGGUGGCUGGGUCCGGUGGGCAUACCACCGAGAUCCUGAGGCUGCUUGGGAGCUUGUCCAAUGCCUACUCACCUAGACAUUAUGUCAUUGCUGACACUGAUGAAAUGAGUGCCAAUAAAAUAAAUUCUUUUGAACUAGAUCGAGCUGAUAGAGACCCUAGUAACAUGGAUUUUUCAGUCGUGUGGCAUUCACUAAAUAAUAAAUUAUACCAAAUACUACAUUCACCGAAUUCCAAGAAGCCGGGAGGUUCGGCAGUCCUGGCCCUCCACCGUUUUCACCACCUUGCACUCCAUGUGGCUCUCCUUUCCCCUCAUUCACCAGGUGAAGCCAGAUUUGGUGUUGUGUAACGGACCAGGAACAUGUGUUCCUAUCUGUGUAUCUGCCCUUCUCCUUGGGAUACUAGGAAUAAAGAAAGUGAUCAUUGUCUACGUUGAAAGCAUCUGCCGUGUAGAAACCUUAUCCCUGUCCGGAAAGAUUCUGUUUCAUCUCUCAGAUUACUUCAUUGUUCAGUGGCCAGCUCUGAAAGAAAAGUAUCCCAAAUCUGUGUACCUCGGGCGAAUUGUUUGACAAAUGGCAACUGACUUCUUUAGAAUUUUGCAGUUAACAAUAGUAUGUACUCAAAUUGGGGGGAAAAAACCCUACAUUUUAUUGUAAAGGCGUCUGACAGUCCUGAGAAUUAUUGAUGGUAAGGAAUAAAAAAUGUACAGAUGACUCAGGGAAGAAACUGAGACUUCUCUUAUGAAACAAACACUGAUAAACAGUAACUACUAAAUAUUUAUGCCUCUGUAAACCAAAUCUCUUUUCUAGAUAAAAAUAUGUAUCACUACCUGCAAAUUUU